AUGGCACCUUCUCAAUACCAAACGCCUCCUCAGGCUCCUCCUCUCUUUACCCAUACCGAAUCCCAGAUUGUUGACGAGGCCAAGGCCUUGAUGGAUAACUAUCGAAAAAUGCUCGACAAUAUCGUUGCAAACGUCAAACCGGAAGAUGCAACUUUCGCAAAUGUUCUCUUGCCUACCGCCAACCAAGAUGAUCUCGAUUCGCUUCAAAUCAGCGUUCUUACCUUCUACCAAGCUGUCUCUGGCGAUUCGAAACUCCGCGAUGCGAGUUCUAAAGCGGAGGAAAUCAUGGAUGAAGCGCAGAUUGAGAUGGCGAUGAGAGAAGAUGUUUUUAAAUUGGUCGACGCGGUUUACAAGAAGAACGAAGAUUUAGAUCCGGAAUCAAAGAGACUGUUGGAGAAGGAAUAUAAAGGAUAUAUUCGAAAUGGGUUGGGGCUUGAGAAGGGUGAGAAGAGGGAUAGAUUCAAGGAGAUUAGCAAGAGGUUGGCUGCUAUUGCGACUAAAUUUCAGAAGAAUUUGAAUGAGGAGGAUGAAGGACUUUGGUUUACAUUAAAGGAACUUGAUGGAGUUCCCGAGGAUGUCAUCUCGGGAUUGAAGAAGGGUGAGGGCGAAAAUGAGGGAAAAUUGAGGUUGUCGUUCAAAUACCCUGAUUUGUUCCCUACGUUGAAGUUCGCGAAGGAUGCGGAAACCAGAAAACAAGUCUUUAUUCAGAAUGAGAACAAAUGCAAGGAGAAUGUGGAAUUGUUCAAGGAAGCUAUUGUUCUUAGGGAUGAGGCUGCUAGAUUAUUGGGAUAUCCUGAUCAUGCCAGCUUCAGGAUUGAGGAUAAGAUGGCGAAGACUCCUGCUACAGUUAAUGAGUUCUUGCACGAUUUGAAGCUUCAGCUUACUCCUGGUGGAGCCAAGGAGGUUGAGCAUCUUAAAGCUCUUAAGAAACAAGAUUUGGAUGCUAGAGGAUUGAGUUCUACAUUUGAUGAUAAUUAUUAUCUUUGGGAUAAUCGAUUUUAUGAUCGAAUGAUGGUGGAGAAUGAGUUUUCUAUCGAUGAAAAUAAGAUUGCGGAAUACUUCCCUCUUCAAUCUACAAUUGAAGGAAUGCUUAAGAUCUUCGAGGAGUUAUUUGGAUUUGUUUUUGUUGAUAUCAGCAGCGAGGAGGAAUUAGCUAAGGUUUCACCAACUGGAAAGGGUUCUGAUGUUUUACCUCAUCCAGAUGCCAAACUCUUUACCGUUUGGGAUGAUGAAGGUGAAGGUAGUGGAUUUGUCGGUUAUCUUUACUUGGACUUGCAUCCACGUCCAGGAAAAUAUGGCCAUGCUGCAAACUUCGGUAUUCAAUCUGGUUUCUACUAUCCAGAUGGUACAAGAAGAUAUCCUGCUACAGCACUCGUUUGCAAUUUCUCCAAACCAACCGAUAAGAAACCAUCACUCUUGAAACAUGAUGAGGUUGUUACUCUCUUCCAUGAAUUGGGUCAUGGUAUCCAUGAUCUAGCUGGUCGUACCAGAUACUCUCGUUUCCAUGGUACAAACACCGUACGUGACUUUGUCGAAGCACCAAGUCAAAUGUUGGAAAAUUGGUGUUGGACUCCAAGUCAAUUGCAAAAAUUGAGUAAACAUUACCUCACUGGUGAAUCUAUUCCAGAUGAUUUGAUUGCCAAACAAAUUAGCACCAAGCAUGUCAACGGCGCUCUUUUCAAUCUCCGACAACUUCACUUUGGUAUCUUCGAUAUGACAGUUCAUACUCCCAAGAACCACGCAGAAGCUGAAGCUUUCAAAAUCAGCGAAUUGUACAAUGAACUUAGAGCAGAAAUCUGUGGUCUUAAAGGUCCAGAAGCUUUAGGUGCAAAGAGUGAUUGGGGCAAUGGUCAAGCUACUUUCGGUCAUUUGAUUGGUGGGUAUGAUGCAGGUUACUAUGGAUACUUGUCUAGUCAAGUCUAUAGUGCAGAUAUGUUUUACACGGUUUUCGAAAAGAAUCCAAUGGAUCCUAAGGAGGGUAGGAGAUAUAGACAUAUGGUGCUUGAGAAGGGUGGAAGUCAAGAUGAAAUGACCACUUUGGAGGCGUUCUUGGGAAGGAAACCUAGUACCGAAGCGUUUUAUAGGGAGUUGGGGUUGAAGGAUGCGAAGAAGAAUUAG